UAUAAAUAGAACUUGAGCCGACAAACAAAAUUCGCCGCCGUUUGAUGGAACCGCCAGCCGUCUCGUUCGCGUGAAAUUUAUCGUUACCGUUAUUGAAAACGUAGAUUGGAUCAUUCAAUAAAGUUGCAGAUAAUCUGACACAUUAAAGAUAUCCUUGAUUUCCGAUACUAUUCGAGAUAUCUUCGAUUCUGCGUUUUGUAAAAGAUCUACCGGGAGUUCUGCGAGUCGUGGAUCAUCGAGAUACCCACAUAAAAGCAAAAUUAGAAAUAAACAUGAGUAUACAGUGGACACUCAUUGCUGGUUUCCUCUAUGCCGAAAUUGCUGUAGUUCUUCUUCUGGUAUUACCAAUAGCUUCGCCAACUAGAUGGCAAAAGCUCUUCAAAUCUCGUUUCUUACAAAGUCUAAGUAACCAAGCUUCCAUUUACUUUGUGAUCCUGCUUGGUACUUUGGUUCUCUUCCUAAUGGAUGCUCUACGAGAAAUGCGAAAGUACUCCAAAACUGAUCAUACUGAUGUUCAUCCAUCAUUAAAUUUAGAAUUGCAAGAAAACAUGCGAAUGUUUCGUGCCCAAAGAAAUUUUUACAUAUCUGGCUUUGCGCUAUUUUUGAGUUUGGUAAUACGUCGUCUUGUCAUUUUGAUAUCCACUCAAGCUACGUUACUUGCGCAAAAUGAAGCAGCAAUGCGACAAGCUCAGUCUGCGACAACCACAGCCAGGAGCUUACUGUCCCAGAGGACGAUUGGGGAAAGUGCACAGAACGACUCUAAUGAAGCACAUGAUAAACAAGUUUCAGAAUUGAAAAAGCAGAUUAAAGAAUUGCAAGUUAAAAAUUUGGAACUUGAGAAUAAUUUGGUCAAAGAGAAAAAAGAUAAAGAAGCGAUAAAAUCACAGGCAGAUUCACUUGCAAAGGAAUAUGAUCGUUUAACUAACGAGCACGCAAAACUUACGCAGUCGAGUAGCGAUAAAAAAAGCGAUUAAACAAAGAUUUUUUCAUGUCUUCUUUUUAUUUUAAUAUUUUGUUUAUAUUAAACCUUAAAAUAUUGUUAUGUUGUAUCCUUAAAACAUUGUUAUGUUCCAUAAUUUGAACAAGAUCCAUAUUUCUAGAGUUACUGGUUAAACUAUAAGUUUUGUUUGGAGAUUGUAUAAAAUACUAUUAUUAAUUUAAAAAUACUAUUAUUAAUAUUGUAACGUGCCUCGUAAUACAAUUAUAUAUCCUUUUUUCAGUUUUGUGCACUUUCUAAACAAUGCCUGCAUUCUUAUUUUAUGAUUCGAAA